CGAUCAAACCUCCCGGUGACCGGCGGAGCUCGAACCGGGCGCGCGGAGGCUCCUCCGCGGGGCCAAGGAGGCUCUUCCACGGGCUGCCUUUCCGCAUGAGGCCGGGGACAGGGACGGAGGUGGACCCGCUGAGACUGCGCGUCCUCCAGGUUCCUCCUGUCGGGGCCCGGAGCAUCAGCAGCCGGUGUCCGGGUCCUGGUCCUGCGUCUCCCCGCCGGGUGGGCGUGUGGAGCGGGGGUCGGGUCUGUGUAAAUAGCCGUAAAUGUCUCUUAUUUUGAUGGGACGGGGCGAGCAGCUCCAGCGGGCUUGGCUGCUGUUUUAGCCGCUGUCUCUGGUUUCAUCCUCCGCCUUUGUCCUCAUGCUUUCCCCCGGAGUUCCUCCCCCUGCGGCGCUGGGCGGAGUUUCAUACCGGACUAGACGCUCCUUUUGUCGGAUUCGUUUGGACCUGACUCCCCGGGGUUUGCGGCCGGAAAAAACACACUUUGAAAGCCCCUAAAGAACUCGAAGGACCGCCGAGGUGUGCGGGAAGACCCCGGGUUUCUGUCUGAACCAGCAGGGGGCGGAGUCUUCUCCUUCACCUGUAGGAUGAACGGAAGCAGCAGCAGCGUCUCCACGGCCCAGAGCUCCAGGAUCAAGACCGAACCAGAUGAGUGGACGAAGGAGGACUGUCUCGUGUUGCUGGAGAGGAUCCGUUGCCUGUUGCCUGAAGCCGACGCCAUGAAGUAUAAAACCACCGAGUCUCACUUCGACUGGGACAAAGUUUGUUUCGGGAGCUUUACCGGAGACAUGUGUCGGCAGAAGUGGCAGAAAGUGUCUUCAGAGGUGAGGAAGUACCGGACAAUGACGGAGUUGAUCGUAGACGCUAUUGAGUUCGUCAAGAACCCGUACAAGGGCAAGAAGCUGAAGACCCACCCAGAUUUCCCUAAGAAGCCUCUGACUCCGUACUUUCGCUUCUUCAUGGAGAAAAGAGCCAAAUACGCUAAAAUCCACCCAGAGAUGAGCAACCUGGACCUGACCAAGAUCCUGUCCAAGAAGUACAAGGAGCUCCCUGACAAGAAGAAGCAAAAGUACAUCACAGAGUUCCAGAGAGAGAAAGAAGAGUUUGAGAAAAACAUGACUCGAUUCAAGGCGGAGCAUCCAGAGCUGAUGGAGGAGAGGAAGAAGUCGGAUCAACCAGAGAAACCAAAGACUCCUCAACAGCUGUGGUACAACCAUGAGAAGAAGACCUACCUGAAGCUCCACCCAGAGGUGAGCCAGAAGGAGCUGAAGGAGGCUCUGAGGAGACAAUGGUCCCAGCUCUCCGACAAGAGGAGACUCAAGUGGAUCAGCAAAGCCCUGGAGCUCCAGAAGGACUACGAGGACAGCAUGAAAGCGUAUCAUGAGGCUCAUCCAGAUGUGAACUCAGAGGACCACGUCCGGUCUGUCCUCACCAAAGCCGAGAGACAACUGAAGGACAAGUUUGAUGGACGGCCGACGAAACCUCCACCUAACGGAUACUCCCUGUACUGCGCCGAGCUGAUGGUCAACAUGAAGGACGUCCCCAGCACAGAGAGGAUGGUUCUCUGCAGCAAACAGUGGAAGAUGAUGACGCAGAAAGAGAAGGACAUGUUUCAGAAACGCUGUGAGCAGAGGAAGAAGCAGUACGACGUGGACCUGCAGAGGUUCCUGGAGAGUCUUCCUGAGGAGGAACGAGACCGAGUCCUGACGGAGGAGAAACUGGGCGGGUCCAAAGUGGGCGUGGCCUCCAGUCCCCACAGAGCCAAGUCUCCAUCAGUGAAGGAGCGUGGACGGGAGGCGGAGCCAGAGGUGUGGGCGGGAGCGGCGAAAGACAAGCGGGACGGAAAGAAGACGGCGAAGCUUCCAGAGACACCGAAGACGGCGGAGGAGAUGUGGCAGCACAGCGUGAUCGGAGACUACCUGGCUAAAUACAGAAGCGACCGCCGCAAGGCUCAGGUUGCCAUGGAGGCGGCCUGGAAGUCCAUGGAGAAGAAGGAGAAGAUCCCCUGGAUCAAGAAGGCGGCAGAGGACCAGAAACGCUAUGAGUCGUCACCUCUGACCUCCGUCCUGCAGAGGGAGCUGUUGGAGAUGAGGACUCCUGCUGCAGGUCAGAGGAAGCCCAAGUUUGACGGCGAACCAAAGAAGCCUCCGGUGAGCGGCUACCAGAUGUUCUCCCAGGAGCUGCUGACCAACGGCGAGUUGAACCACUUCAGCCUGAAGGAGCGGAUGGUUGAGAUCGGGAAGCGUUGGCAGAAACUCAGCCAGAGCCAGAAGGACAAGUACAAGAAGCUGGUGGAGGAGCAGCAGGUGGAGUACAAGGCCGAGCUGGAGGCCUGGCUCAAGUCUCUUUCUCCUCAGGACCGAGUCGUCUACAAAGAGUUCUCCUCCACGAAACGUCGCAGCUCGGCUAAAGUUCGUAGCGCUCCAGCGGCUAAAGUCCGUGUGACGGCGAAGCCCAAGGCCAAGGCCGGAGGGUCCAGGGCGGCGCCACCUGGCGUCGGCGUCGGGAAGAGGCCGAUGGCGUACCGGGCCAAGCAGGACAUGUCCGACUCAGACGAGGAGAAGAGCGACUCAUCGGACUCGGACGAAGACGACGAGACGUCAGGAAGCACAGACAGCGAAGACGAGGACGACGAGAACGACGAUGAUGAAGACGAGGACGAUGAAGACCAGACGUCCUCCGAGGACUCCAGUGACUCGGACUCUGACUAGCUCUGCCCCUUAUUAGAGGCCACGCCUCCUUAUCUGCCAAUCAUCGAGACAGGCCAAUGAGAGGUGUUCUCUCUGGCCUCUCCCACCUACCUUGUGAAGGGGGCGGGGCCUGAUGGAGUGUUUUGUUACCUGUGUGUUUCUGUUUUUUAUCGAGUGUUGGUUUUUAUCCGACUCAUGUUUCAGAUGGGCGGAGUUAUUUUGGGGUGGGGUUUGUACAGGGGCAGGGGUGGAGUCAGUGAGUAGAGGGGCGGAGCCUGCCUGAGAAAAUGAUAACAAAUAAAUGCACUUUUUCUCA